GGGUGCAGAGGGAAGGGGGAAAGCCCCGUUGUGCUGUGGGGGCUUUUCAGUUGAAUCUAGCCCCAUAAUGCAAAGUAAGGAAAUGACAUGUCUGUUCAUCAUCUAUGUGGGCUGCCACUUCCCCAACCCUUGACCAUUGGAACUCCUAGUCAGGGCCUCCCCAUUGUUGCUGCAGUUUAUAGUUCUCCAACUGACUGAGAUCCUGAGCUGUGAUCUAGAUGUUCAUUGGUUUGAAUCUAUUUCCUCUGCCAUCAUCUCAGUGGGAAGCCUAAGCAAACUUCUAUUUCUCAGCCUUCAUACAUACACAUACACACACACUCUCUCUCUCUCUCUCUCACACACACACCAUCAUCCUCAUCCCCAAUUCAUUAUCAUCUAUAAUAGGUAGGUUAAAAGAUGUGGGUCCCUUUCAUUGGGCAAGGGCCUUUUAAAAAGACAAGCCUAUCCAGUCUUGGACUGUUGACGUACAGUGUAUAUGGCACUUUACAGAGAAAUACAAUUCAAUUCUGAAGUUCUAGGUGCAUAUGAUUAAUCUGCUUCAUAGCCAGAUGUGGUCAGUUUGCUGUUCACCAUAGCAUGCAGAAGAUCCCAGGUUUAAUCCAUGGCACUUUCAGUUUAAGCAAAGGAUCUUGGCUAACAGGUGCUGGGAAAGGCUUCACCCUGAGAUUUCCGCUUGCAGCCAGAUUAGACAGUACCAAACUAGAGGGACAAAUCUCCUGACCUGGUUUAAAGCAGCUUCCUGUGUUCUUCCUGUGCGCUGGAUAAUCUACCCAGACUUCAUGGGUGAAAGUCAAGGGAAACGGCAGGCUGUUAGAGCUAGCCUGCGGCUUGAGAAGUUAAACUGCAUCAGUUAUGAAGCAGGUUGAUCCUCUGAUUUCCUUUAUUGGGUUGGUUGGCCAAAAGCAGGUAAGUAUUUGUGGCUGGUAUGAAAUAGAAUGGCUUGCCCUUUACAGAGCUAGAUUUUUUUGGGUGGGGGGGGAGAGGGAAAUUCUGCUCUGAACAUUGCUUUCCUUUUUCUUGAAUCAACACUGAUGCCAGGUGCCUUACAUACAAAACUUGAGAAAAAAACGGUCAAGUUAGGAUGGCUGCAGAAUCUGUCAGGUGUUAAAGGCAAUGGAGAACAGAAAGCAAACUUGUUCCUUACGUGUUACUGAUGGGCUGCACUCUUGCAUAAGGAAGAUAGGUUUGUACAGAAAGGCAUCUUUGAAAAAUUAGGAAGCCCAGUGGGAUUGUGUGUUCCUGGCUAGCUGUCUGUGAUGCUAUGUUUUGGCCUGAGAUAUUCUGUCAAGGUGCACUAUUUGCAGCAUUGAGGUCAGUUGGAGGCUGUAUCUCGGGCAGUGAUUUCUGUUCAAAAGCUCCUAGGCCAAUGGAUCUGCCUCAUUUUUAUGCCAAUAUCUGAAGAGUUUCCUCCCCUCCUCAGUUCCCAACUGGGCUUUUGUGUUGCUGUCUCAAGCCAUGUUAAAGCUGCUAUUCAGUGUCCAAUUUCUCCAUGUCAGCCCUCCCAAGAGAUGGCAGCUGUCUUUACCCCUCUCCUGUCACUCAAGUUCUUUGUGGUGCUGGGACGGCAAACUUUUACAUGCUAAGACUCAGGAAGGGGGAAAUCUUUAUCCCCCAUGGAUCUCUAAAGUGAGGGGUUGGGCAGAACGAAGGGAGAGCUGAGUUUGUGGGAACUGCCUGAUACUUUUGGAAGGAUUUAACCUGCAGGAAGUGUGUGUCCUUUAUUCUUGAAGUAUGACAGAAAAAGAAAUUCUUGAUCCACCUGCAUCACCCACAUCUGAAGGGGGGAAAUCGACUGAAGGGCUUCAGCGGCUAAAGCAGCUUUUCCAACGCAAGCCCAAUGAGGAGCCAGCCCCGGAGGAACCACAGGCUAAUGGGGAGCUGGUCAGCCCCUCUGGAGGACCCAUCUACUACAUCUAUGAGGAGGAGGAGGAGGAUGAAGAGGAGGAGGAGCCUGAGCCACCACCUGAGCCAGAGAGACCAGUUAACGACAGACCUCACAAAUUCAAGGAUCAUUACUUCAAAAAGCCCAAGUUUUGCGACGUCUGUGCCCGCAUGAUUGUCCUCAAUAACAAAUACGGCCUGCGUUGCAAGAACUGCAAAACCCACAUCCACCACAGUUGCCAACACUAUGUGGAGUUCCAGCGCUGCUUUGGCAAGAUUCCCCCGGGUUUCCGUCGUGCUUACAGCUCUCCAUUAUAUGGUGCCGAACAACUUUCUGGCGCAAACCGAAGUGACCCUGUGUUUGAGACGCUGCGGACAGGUGUUGUCAUGGCAAACAAAGAGCGCAAGAAAGGGCAGGAUGACAAAAAGAACCCAUUGGCUGCUAUGAUGGAGGAGGAAACAGAGGCCCCUAAAAACGAGGGUGGCCAACCUGAGGCAGGACAUCCAGAAGCACAGAAGGCUGAGAAGAAUACCCCUGAAGAUAAGAAUAAAAAGCAGCAACCUGGGUUCCAGCAGUCUCACUACUUCAUUGCACUCUAUCGCUUCAGAGCUUUGGAGAAGGAUGACCUGGAUUUUCACCCGGGGGACAAAAUUGCCAUUGUUGAUGACUCCAAUGAAGAAUGGUGGCGGGGCAAGAAGAUUGGAGAGAUUGGUGAUAAAAUUGGAUACUUCCCACCAAACUUUAUUAUCCGGGUACGUGCAGGAGAACGGGUACACAAAGUGAUGCGGUCCUUUGUGGGCAACAAAGAAAUUGGGCAGAUCACACUAAAAAAGGAUCAGAUUGUGGUGCAGAAAGGUGAGGAGCUGAAUGGGUAUGUGAAAGUCUACACUGGCCGCAAGGUGGGGCUCUUUCCCGUCGACUUCCUGCAGGAGAUCUGAGACCCAGCCCUGGCAUUUAUGGGUUUCAUGGCCAGAGCCGAAGGCCAGGUUGUUUCUUUGGAAAGAGAUUCCCAGCUACCAAGGACUCCCUGCAAUGGAGCUGGGUUCUGCGAGUGCCUGUGUGGCUCCCAGUGAAGAUAUUCCACCAGGACCUGUAUCUCUGAGCUGGGAUACAAGGCGAGGAGCACAUAAUUUUGUCACCUUUGGGCAGGCUCUCCUCUUGAACUCUGGUGGUGGUGGCAGAUUCCAGAAUGAGUUUAGCCGUUCAUCCACUGAUGAUGUAAGCCACAGCGGUGCUGGGAUGCAGACAAAGCUGUUCUGCUUCCUGUCUGCAAAGGAAGUGGAUACUGAUUGUUCAUGUUGACUGCCAGACUAAACAAGUGGCAUUUGCUGCUGCCUCCUGCAGGUGGCACAAAGCUUGUGUGUGUGUGUUUACUUGGAGGCAAAUGGCUGCCCCUUGGCUGGUGGUGGUGGGGCAACUCCUAGCAUUAUUUGGAUUGCUUAGAUUUUGUUAUGUUUUGCCUAUAUAUGUUAUCUCUCUCUACCCCUCAGUAGCCUGCUUACCUACUUUAGCGUAAAGCUGCAGGACUUGGAAUCAGCAUCCAGGAGGGCUAAUCAGCUCCAGUUAUGUUGAAAUCAUAUACCUCUCCCAUUAUCCUUUUCUUCCAUUUUCCUGUUGUUGUGAAACUGAUUCUUUUUAGAUUGUUCCCUUUUAGGCACCUUCUGAUCUCGCUUAUGAGGGAGGCUAGAUGUUCUAGACAAUUGAAUUUCUUUACAACAUGUAUAUACAUGCAUUUCUCUAUACACAGUCAGUGCUGUGACUUUCUUUCUGGGGGAGGGAGCAUGCAAAGUGACUAAUAACUUGGCCACAGCAAAGUGGGAAGGUUGCAUGUUAUGGAAAAAGAGCAUUGCCUGUUUCUAUGAUCCUCAUAGCUGUCAACCCUCCCUUUUUUGCAGGAAACUCCCUUAUUCCAAGCCACAGCUGUCAACCUUCCCUUUUUUUGCUGGAAAUUCCCUUAUUCCAGCGCCAUUUCCAGCUGCUAUCCUGGAUUGUUAGAUAUACCGUAGACCAGGGGUUCCCAACAAAAUUUUCUCGAGGACCCCUCAUCGAGCCGCUAUUGUGACAAGGACCCCCAUUAAUUCCUAAUCCUAAAAUUAAAAAGUGAGAGCCAAAUUAAGAGUCUUUUUAUAUUUUAUAUUUAUACGUUUUUUACAGUUACAACAGAGUACUCCAUCAGUAUACAGUUAGUUUUAAUUUUCAGUUCUUAAUGAGAUGAACCACUUUUUAACCAAUGGUCCAUUUUUAACUACGCAAACUGUAGCUUCCGUGAAAAACAACGCUUUGUUUACAAACACUACUGUUUUGCAAAGAGGCAGCGCGUGCCAGGGAGGAGGGAGGGGAAUGGAGAAUACAGGGUACCUGCGCAGUAGCGCACAAAUGAAGCCGACGCGCGGGAGGUGAGCAUUAGUAGAAUGCGCGUGCUGCCUCUUUGCAAAACAGUAGUGUUUGUAAAGCGCCACCUAACAGCAUACAGCAGAACUACUGCCUCUAUCUAAUCUAGUUUUGCGCUAGGCUCUGCUCAUGCAGGAAGCGGCCAAAACAAAAAAUCUGUUAUCAUACGAAAUAUAUUUAAUAUAUUUUUUAUUCUAAUAGCAUCUUGCGGACCCCUCUGGCAUAGCUCGCAGACCCCUGGGGGUCUGCGGACCACCUGUUGGGAACCACUGCCGUAGACUGUCCCUGGGACAGGUGAGGCUGCUGCUGAUCCCUUAUUUUCAAAUCCGAAAGUUGACAGCUAUAAUGAUCCUUGUGCACUCUGGGGUGGCUCAGAAAGGCUAAGAUUCCAUGCUGAAUUGAGCCCUUUGGAUGUUAUGAGAAUAAAACAACAAAGGGUCCACAAGUAAUGCUCCCAUUCUUCUUUUUCCAUGCUUGCAUUAUAAUAUCUGAUCUGGCCACAUGUGCACCUUCUCCACAGAGGUAUGCACUUACAUGCUCAUCUGGAAUUCCUGAAUCUCUUGGUGGGAGAGAGGCCCCAGAAGAUGGUCUGGGUGCUCUUAUUUAUACAUCUGAAUCUGCCUUAGUGAAAGUCCAAUUCCUUGCAUGACAGAGAAGACUGUUUCUCCUUCUAAUAUUCAAGAUUACUGGAGAACAAUGAUGGAGGGGUAGUGAGGAUACUACAUAAAUUGAGCCUGUCCUGCUCUGAGAUAUUGCCAGGAUUUUGGGUUGCUGAGAAAGUUACAGAUAGUAUUUGAUGACUAGGCUUGUUAUGUGGGGUCAGCUCAUUUGUAGUAUGCAAUCUGCUGAUACUCUUGGUGCAACUGCACUCAUUUCACGAAAGCCUGUGGCCUGCUCACAUGUUUAUUUGUGCACACAUUCUCAUGUGCAGUUAUGGUGUACGGGGCUUACUUUCACACCUGCACACUGAGGAGGCACUCAACAUUUGUUGCCAUGAGAGACACAUACAUUUUGGUGCCCUUCAUAGCAUCUGUUGAUAUCAAGAAUGCUUUGAUGGUGUUUCCUGCUUGGCAGGGGGUUGGACUGGAUGGCCCUUGUGGUCUCUUCCAACUCUUAUGAUUCUAUGAUUAUCCUGAUAGCCUGAGAGAGAGAAGUUUUCUCCCUCUCUCUUAACUCUAGAACUCACGGAUAUCCAGUGAAGCUGAAUGCUGGAAGGUUCAGGACAGACAAAAGAAAAUACUUCUUCUUCACAUAGCUAAACUGUGGAAUACGCUCCCCUAAUAAGCAGUGGCAGCCACUAACUUGGAGAGCUUUAAAAGAGGAUUAGACAAUGGAGGGGGGAAUAAGGCCAUCAAUGGCUAUUAGCCAUAAUGGCUAUGUUCUGCCUCUGCUGUUGGGAGAGGGCUAUUGGGCUCAUGUCCUGCUUGUGGCCUGGUUGGCCACCCUGAGAACAGGAAUGCUGGACUAGAUGGGCCUUUGGCCUGAUCCAGCAGGAGGGCUACAAGUUCCCCAAUACUGCGUCAAUGCCUAGGAAGUCUUCUACUUCCUGUGUCCCCAAAAUGGGCACUUUGCAGUUUCAGAUAAGUGUCAGGUGGGGGUGGGGGGGAGUGAAAAGGAGAACAAAGCAGGGCUAGGUAUUUGCAACACAAGCCUGACCAUGUCUACUAAGAAGUAAAUCCCACAGAAUUAAAUGCAGUUUACUCCCAGGUAAGUGGGAUUAGGAGAGCAGCCUUUGUCUCUUGUUCAUUUUACCUUCUUUACAGCUUUGUGAACUCCAGGUGAUUUUUGCGCCAAAGGAUUUGUGUUACCAGCUACCUUUCAGCUUCACUCAGAGCUUAAGUUGAAUCCUGUGUGGGCAAGGAAGAGAAGUUAGCAAAUAUGCACUUGUCAGGAUAUGUGUACAGGAAGUGUUGGCAUGGUCCUCUGAUCAAGAUGGCUUGAGCAAUGAAAAAUAAAUGUAUAUUGUGGGUGCUAA